AUGGAGCAGCCCAGCGAGAAGCAGCUGGAGGACGCGGAUGACCAAAAGGGGGAGCAACUUAUAGAAGAAUAUAUCCAAAAUAUUUUGGAUUGUGGUCUUGAACGGCAAGAGGAUGAAGACCGACUCGAUAAGGAUAUCGCAAAGGAGCACGUGGAAGAAGUAAAGAAUAGUCCGAAGAUUGAGAACGAUCAGGACUCGAUGGAGGAUCCGGAACAUGAAGAAUUGAGGAGAGGUGAAUGUCAACAGGAAAGUAUUCUAGCGGAGCACUUGGUAAUAGAAAAACUGGACGAAAAUGUUUUAAAAAAUAAAGAUCCUAAAGAAAAACAAGAGCUCGAAGAAGAAAUUCCCGAAUUGAAUAGCAAACUUAAGGAUCAGCUCUUAGAAAAAGAAUCUGAAUCUGAAUUCAAAGGACAACUACAAGAUGAACUGGAUGGAAACACGCAGACCGAGGAACGUUUGCCAAUAAAUCUGAAAGACCAGGCAGUUCUGGUGAGAGACGAGUCUUUAGAAAACGAAGAACAGCAUCCACAAAUCUCAGAGAACACGGAGCAGCUCACAGAUAAUCUUGAAAAUCUGGAGAAGCAGGAUAAUCACAAGGAGCAAGCUGCUGGGGAAUGCACCGAAGACAACCUGCAGGACCCAAGUGUGGACACCCAGAAUAAGGAGAACAAAGACAGAAUUGAGGAAGAAGAACAGGAGAAUGGGGAAGAACACGGGGGAGAAGCAUCUAAACCAGAAGAGGAUCUCCCCAACGAGCAAGUUACCCAGUUCCUCCGCCAACUGGUUAACCAACUAUGGCCCGACCUAGAAGCCAAUCCAGAACUCCGUUUAAACAGAGCCAGUGCCAAAGGUGACAACUAUUUGGGUGUGGUUUGGCGGUUACAGGUGGCUUCCGACUUGAAACGCAGCCUGGUGGUGAAGCUUCCUCCCCAGAAUCGCGUGCGCCGCAAGCAAUUCUUCGCACGACCUUGUUUCCUGAGGGAAACGGCAGCAUACCAGGUGUUCCUGCCACUGGCUGCGAUGAUUCAGGAGAAGUGGAAGAUCCCCGCAGAGGAUCGUUUCCGGCAGCACGCCCUUUGUUUCGGAACUCGUCAGGAUGAGGCGAACGAAUGCAUUGUACUGGAGGACCUAUCUUGUUCUGGUUUCCAUCUGCACAAUCGCUUCCUGGACUUAUCCAUCGAGCAUGUGCGUCAGGUAAUCUGCACCUAUGCCAAAUUACAUGCGAUUUCUCUGGCCGGGAAGCGUCAAUUUCCUGAGAGAAUGUAUGAACUCCAGAAGCUGGUUGACAUCUUUGAGCAGCGACGUGAGGAUCACGCUUUGGGUGUCUACUUUGAGAAUCUCAAAGGGAGUGCCCUUUCUUCACUGCUCUCACCAGGGGAUGAUCCCUACAGGGUUCGCCUGGAAGAGUACUUUGCCAGAGGAUCGUACUUUGAGCUGCUGCUCCCUUUGGUCAGCGGAUCCAAUUGCGAACCCUUCGCUGUUAUCUGCCAUGGUGAUUGCUGGAACAAUAACAUCCUUUACAAAACAACAGGAGGGGGGGAUCUAGAGGAUGUUCGUCUGAUCGAUUGGCAACUGAUGCGAUAUGCCUCCCCGGUCACCGAUCUAGCCUAUUUCCUCUUCACAUGCACCUCGCAAGAAUUCCGGCAACAGUACCUCAAUAAUAUGCUGGAGGAUUACUACGAGGAGUUGGGUCUACAGCUAAACAGAUUAGGCGAGCAGUUGGAGGAACUUCUUCCCCGUCCUGCCUUCGAUGACCAGGUGGCCACCAAAGCUGCUGUGGGCCUGCUCCUUGCCAUGAUGGUUCUGCCCAUCGUGACAAUGCAGGGCCAGGAUGUGCCCGACCUUCAAGCGAUUAGCGACCGAAUCGAGGCCGGAGCCACCACGGAUCUGCAGGGCGCCGGAUUCCUGGGCGUGGGCAAUGAGGCGACUUUCAAACGGCGUAUGCGUGAGGUGAUCCUCGACUGCGUGGACUUUAACUAUAUCUAGCAAUGGGUAAGGGAGCUCACCUUUUGGCGAACCACUUGGACUCGGACUCAGGCGGAGCUUCUUGGCCAAAAUGACCAACGUCUCGCUAAGAUAGCAUCGAUGGGUACUGAUGCAGGCCAGGAAGGUUAUAUACGAUUGCGCGGUGAGCGAAUCUGGAAAGGAUAAGGGGAUUAAGUACAUAUAUUUAGUAUUGGAAUUUUAAACAGGAUAUUUAUACUAUUAAUAAAUGCUUUAACACGACAGAUGCUUUGAAGGAAUUAAAUUUUUUGACUUUGUUUUGAAA